AUGGAUUUCAGUUUUGACUCAGUUGUAACAGAGGCAUCGACUCAUCCGCUGUUCGACUACACAAGUGUAGGCAGUAGCAGUAAACUUCAAGCCAAACCAGACGCUACUGAGGUAGACGUAUCAUCUUUUAGGAAUGAUGGCUUCAGUGACUUCACCCUCGAUCUAACCUGUUUGUCGAAUCCCUCGUCGCCAGUUAGCUCGCCACCUACUCCACUCGCUUCUGACAACGGGCACAAUAUUCUUCCCGUGCCCUCACCGUCGUCUCCGCUUUUGCCUCAGAUGCAGGAGAGUCCUCGGACUAGUACAGAGACACCAGCAACGCCGCCUAAAGCUAAUUCGCUAACCCGAGCAACGUCUAUGAUGCGCAUGUCGCUACCGGCUAUGAGGUACAUCGGUCGGGGGACGCCUAUCGACCCUGGUCGAAGAUCACAAUGGGGUGGCAGGAAGAGUGAGGACGUGACAGAGGACGGGAUGCUUUUUUCGGAAAUUCAUGCUCACUCGCUCGACUCCCACAAUUAUCCUCAUCGUCGCUCGAUCUCGUCGGACUGGCAAGCUGUUUCUGAGCAUCGGGCUUUAUCUCCUCUUCACAUGGAUAUUGAUUCCGCACUUGAGAAUCAUACCCCAAUUUUCCUCGAACCGCUACCUGAAUCAUCCAAGAUACAGAUACAAGUUGAUUCAGACCCAACUGAGUGGGAGUCGGUGAUGAAAACGGUAUUAGGCUCCUCCGGGACGUCGUCGUCCUCCAGGCCCCGUACAGGAGAUGGAGGUACAUCUUCCAGUCGACGGAGUAGUCAGGGUCCUAUACCUGGUCUCCCUCAACAUCCCAACGGCUUUGAUAUCGUCCUCGGACUAAACUCCGCCCUAGAUUUGGGCCUUGGUCUUGGAAAGGGUAUGAAUUUCUUCGAUUUGGGAUUGAUUCCCGAUACUGGGAGAGAUACGCCUUCAGUUUAUUCAUUAGCUCCAGAGAGUCCCGAUCAUACUCGACCGCCUUCUGCAGAGAAAGCGAGCCAAGAGCUUGACCUUAUGGAGAAUGAGCUGCCAGAGCAUCGUCCUCCGCAGAAGGAGGAACAGAAGGAAUUACAACGGCAGGAACAACACUCAUCUGAAGACGGAGGUUCUGGGACCACCACUGCUGAGACCCGAGCUCCUGUAGCGGUUCCCUUCGAACCAAAGGCUAUGCGUGAUGUCCAUAGAAUGCACUGGUGGCAAAAGACCAUCUUCAAGCUCAGAAAAGUGCAGAAACUUCUCAAGGCACCGAGCAGGAUGUGA